GCCAAUGGGCUGCAGCCCGCUGCGUCACGCGGUCUGCGGGGCGGGGAGGAGACCACCUGAUCCGGCACUUUGCGGACUCUCGGCUCCAGUCCCAGAUCUCAGCUCAGAGGUCCCGGUCCCGGUCCCGACCAUGUCCGUGUGUCCUGAGAGCGGAGCGGCGGAGCCGGUCGGAUACAUCACGCGGGUCCAGAGCUUCAGCGCCUGUCACCGGCUGCACAGCCUUCACUUGAGUGACGAGGAGAACCGGAGAGUCUACGGGAAAUGCAACAACCCCAACGGCCACGGACACAACUACAAAGUGGAGGUCACAGUGCGUGGAAAGAUCGACCGACUCACCGGGAUGGUCAUGAACCUGACGGACUUGAAGCGAUGCAUUGAGGACGUCAUCAUGACGCCCCUGGACCACAAGAACCUGGACCAGGACGUCCCGUACUUCUCCAGAGUCGUCAGCACGACGGAGAACGUGGCCGUGUACAUCUGGACCCACAUGGUGACGGUUCUCCCUCCUGACCUGCUGCACGAGAUCCGGAUCCACGAGACCGACAAGAACAUCGUCGUCUACAGAGGAGAGUAGUCUAGAGGGGUUAUUGAUCAUCUCUGGAGGGGUUAUUGAUCAUCUCUGGAGGGGUUAUUGAUCAUCUCUGGAGGGGUUAUUGAUCAUCUCUGGAGGGGUUAUUGAUCAUCUCUGGAGGGGUUAUUGAUCAUCUCUGGAGGGGUUAUUGAUCAUCUCUAGAGAGUAGUCUAGAGGGGUUAUUGAUCAUCUCUGGAGGGGUUAUUGAUCAUCUCUGGAGGGGUUAUUGAUCAUCUCUAGAGAGUAGUCUAGAGGGGUUAUUGAUCAUCUCUGGAGGGGUUAUUGAUCAUCUCUGGAGGGGUUAUUGAUCAUCUCUAGAGGGGUUAUUGAUCAUCUCUAGAGAGUAGUCUAGAGGGGUUAUUGAUCAUCUCUGGAGGGGUUAUUGAUCAUCUCUAGAGUAGUCUAGAGGGGUUAUUGAUCAUCUCUGGAGGGGUUAUUGAUCAUCUCUGGAGGGGUUAUUGAUCAUCUCUAGAGAGUAGUCUAGAGGGGUUAUUGAUCAUCUCUGGAGGGGUUAUUGAUCGGGGUUAUUAAUCAUCUAGUAGAGAGUUGAUGCAAUCAGAUGAUUAAUUUGGUAAAAAUUGCUGUUAAUUGCUUUUAUUUGAACUUCACCGUUUGCCUUUGGAGUUUGUAUUCAUGUGAAGAAAUUCAAACCUCAUCUGUGGAACCAUAGUGAGCAUUGAUCUGCAGGUCUAACCAUAUGUACCCCCCCCCCCCCCCCCCCCCCGGUGAGAAACAUAAUGCUAAUAAACUAUUCUUAUAAAUGUGGGACCAAAUGACGUGAAAGUACAUUUGAUUUGUUGUAAAUUAAUUCCAUAAAUGAAACACGAACAUUUACACAGUAGCGUUUCAGCUGUAACUGUAGAGAGCUGGAGGAAGAUGAGGAAGAUGAAGAUGUGAGGAAGACGACACAUUGAGAACUAACCUCUUCGUCUCUUUUCGACUAUUUGAAGGAAUUAUUUCUCAAUAAAAAAACAUUUGAACGAA